AUGUCCGGAAAGGCAAAAGAAAUCCUACAGCUGGACCUGUAUGGUUUACUCGGUAUUGAAGGCACUGCUACAACGAAAGAGAUCAAGAAAGCCUACAGACAGAAGGCAUUGACGUGCCACCCAGACAAGAACCCAGACAACCCUAAAGCAGCGGAGCUUUUUCACCAGCUGUCCCAGGCCCUAGAGGUGCUAGCUGAUGCUGCUGCGAGGGCGGCCUAUGACAAGAUUUGUGCAGCUAAGAAACAAGCAGAAGAAAGAAACAAGAAACUAGAUGAUAAGAGAAAGAAAAUUAAGCUUGAUUUGGAGGCCAGAGAGCGACGAGCAGAAGCUCAGAGCCAGGAGGAGGUGCAAAUCACUAGAACGCUUGAAGAGGAGAUUGCCCGCUUGAGAGAGGAGGGAUCCAGGCAGCUUGAAGAAGAACAGAGGCUCAUCAGAGAACAGAUCCAGAGAGAAAGAGAAUCGCAGCAACAGACAGGAAACAACGGUCAGAAAUACUCAGGAGUGGAGCGAUGUUAUGAGAGCAAUGCAACCCCCAAACUCAAGUUGAAGUGGAAGUGUAAAAAAGACGACGAGUUGAAUGGAGGCUACACUGAAGACGUUCUUAUUAAACUACUACAAAAGUACGGGGAUGUUUUGAAUGUGAUUGUAUCGAGUAAGAAGAAAGGAAGCGCUGUGGUAGAGUUUGCAACUGUGAAAGCAGCUGAGCUGGCUGUUAAGAAUGAAAGUGGCCUGAGUGGGAACCCACUGAAGAUUUCAUGGCUGGAAGGACAGCCGGAGACUUUCACCGCUGCGUCGCAGUCCGGCGUGUUCAUGUCCUCACAGGUACGCGUGUGGCUCUAA